AUGAGUUCUUCUUCCGUUGCUACCCUAUCUAACUUGGUCUCUGCUACCAACGUUGCUGGUUCCUCCGUUUCUGCUGAUUCUUCUUCUGCUUCUUCGGUUUCCUCUCAAAUGUCUUCUGUUUCUUCCAAAGUCUCUUCGAUCAGCUCUUCGGUUUCCUCCGAGGCUUCUGUGAACAGCUCUUCUUCUAGCUCCAAGAACAGUGCAGCAAACAUGAUUGCUCACCCAAUCUCCUGGAAACUAGGUGCUGCAUUGGGUGCUCUAAUGGCUGGCUCUUUCGUUCUAGGUGCUGGUCUCUAG